GGAGCCGGGAGCCUGCAGCCGGGAGCCGGGAGCGGGGAACCGGGAGCAGUUAUGAGCGCGGUGGACCUUGGCCGCGUGGGCGCCUGUGUCCUGAAGCAUGCGGUGACCGGGGAGGCCGUGGAACUGCGGAGCCUGUGGCGGGACCAGGCGUGCGUAGUGGCUGGCCUGCGGCGCUUCGGCUGCGUGGUGUGUCGCUGGAUCGCCCGAGACCUAAGCAGCCUUAGGGCGCUCCUGGACCAGCAUGGCGUGCGCCUGGUGGGCGUGGGGCCCGAGACCCUGGGCCUGCAAGAGUUUCUGGACGGAGGCUACUUCACGGGAGAGCUUUACCUGGAUGAGAGCAAGCAAGUAUAUAAGGAGCUCGGCUUCAAACGGUACAACAGCCUAAGUAUCCUGCCGGCUGCCCUUGGGAAGCCUGUGCGUGAUGUGGCUGCCAAGGCUAAGGCAGUUGGCAUCCAGGGCAACCUGUCUGGGGACCUGCUGCAGAGUGGAGGGCUGCUGGUGGUCAGCAAAGGUGGUGACAAAGUGCUGCUGCACUUCAUUCAGAAGUCCCCAGGUGACUAUGUCCCCCAGGAGAGCAUCCUGCAGGCCUUGGGCAUCUCUGUGGAGGUGUGUGCCAGUGAAUCACCACCUCAGUGUGACAAGGAGCUGUGUGGAAGGUGACGUCCCGACAUAUGCUGCCCUGGGUGUACCAGGAGUUGGAUUCCAAGAAUCAUCUGGAGCCCCUGGGCCAGGCCCUGAUCUUGCCUGACCUUGGCAGCAGUGAACCAUUAAAACCGCAGUUCCUGGGUA